AUAUUGUUGAGUUGUUGAUCCUAUGCACACUGAUGAAUCCAUCUAAGUCCUUGAAAGCAAAAGAGUGGAGCUCAGACAGAGGUACCAGGAGUUUCUCCCUGGUGUCAGACUCCUACCUAAGCACCAUUAUCUUGAGCACUAUCCUCAGACGAUAAGGUGUUGUGGCCCCCUUGUUGCCCUGUGGACAAUGCGAUUCAAAGCCAAGCAGUGAGUGAGUGAGACAUGGCUGUUCAGCUCAGCUUUCUUAUCCUCACUGGACUUACAGGAAUUCACAGUAUAACUACAGUCAGUGAAGUGUCGGUGAAAGCUGGAGAUUUAAUCUCUAUCCCAUGUCUCUAUGACUCACAAUACAGAGACAACGUGAAAUACUUGUGUAAAGGAUAUUACUAUAACUACUGCUCAUAUGCGAUUAGAACAAACCAACCAAAUUCAGAAAAGUUUUCAAUCUCUGAUGACAAAACCCGAAGAAUUUUCACUGUGACUAUGAGAAACUGGACGAAUCAGGGGAGUGAUUACUGGUGUGCUGUGGAGGUUAAUGGACGGCCAGAUGUCAGAAAAUAUUUUCACCUGUCAGUCACCGGAGGUUCGCCCAGUCUUUAUGUGGAUCGUCAAGAGAUUACAGGAUUUAAUGGAGAAAACAUAACAAUCAGUUGUUACCAUCACAACCCUGGCGAAAUGAAGUGGUGCAGGCUGGGCAGUUCCUGUGUGACGGGGUCAUCUGGAUCAAUAGAUGGAACAACAGUAACCAUCAAUGCAAGCAUCUCAAAUGUUUUCACUGUGACUAUGAGUGGACUGAGGACACAGAGCAGCGGCUGGUAUAUGUGUGUCAAAGGAGACUUACAGAUGCCAGUGCAUUUAACUGUCAGUGAGCGACCAACGACCAUAGCAGACAAUUUAACCGCCUCAUCACCCAGUCCCGAGGCCGUGAAACACUCCUUUGGUUUAGCGAGCUUCAUCAUCCCUUUGAGUCUGCUGGCCCUUGCUCUAGUGGUGAUCAUGUUCACCUGGUUUAACUUAAAAAGACACAAUCAAACCAAAAAAGAAUCAUCAGCUACCACGACAGCUGAAGAGGAAGUAACAUACAGUGAUGUUCAGCAUGUGAGAAAAACUUCCAGCAAGAGGUCAGGUCUUGAUAUAAAGAGCAAUGUGGACAUCAUGUACAGCUCUGUGAUUACUGCACAAGUACCAACUGUACAAAUGGUUGACGCUGAGAAUGUAACAUAUAGCGCAUUGGUUCAGGCAGAAUAGAAUGAGAGACAAUAACUGUCUCUGAAAAGAGGCUGUUCAAAGUUAAUGUGAGCUUGUUUGGAAUGAAAUACGACUGAAACAAACAAAUAUGUUGGUUACAUUGUGGAGUUAAAAAAAAUUAGAUGAUGACAUGACACAGAUGAAGAAAGAAAUAAAAUAAAGAAAGUAUGAAUUUGUUUUUAUAUCAAACCAGAUACUGUCCUGAUGCCACCUUGGUUUUGUUGUUCUUUGCUUUAGCAAUAAAACCUAAUCUACACUGAACUCUGAGAUGACUCGUCGCAUUUAUGAAAUUGCACCGAAGAUCAUAUGUGGAAGAAAACCUAAACUCUCUGGCCCAAACUAGGUUUUUUCAAAUUCCACAUCACUAACAUAUUGGUGACAGAAAGACUUGACCGACAUUUUUUCCAUUGGUUUUGCAGAUGUUGCUACUGCUGUAAGUGAGUACUUCUAGAGGUGUUCUUUUGAAAUUUUGGGUCUACUGACUUUACACCCAGUAUACAUUACAUGUACAUUUUUUUGCAGUGAUUUUCCAGCUACUUUGAAAUUGUAGCUGCUUAAGCUGAAAGCUACUCUUCACUGGAAGUAGUUAUUGUAAAAAAAAAUCCUGCUGAAAGCAGCAAGAUAUAGCAAACAUCUCAUAAUAUGUAACAUAAAACAUUAAAGCUAUUUUAGGAAACAGUUAUAGCUGGGUAUGAUAAUGCAUUUUAUUUAGUGCAUGUAUUACCACAUGAAAUAAAUUGAUAAAUGCAGCACGUCACUCUUUAAAGCAUCUAUUUAUUUGACUUAGUGUCAUAGGCUCCACAAUCGCCUUUCACAAGACUUUUUUUUAAAAGCUAAACAAUAAGAUAGAUAUAAGAAAACAAGGCAUUACUGGUGUGUGCUCACUACUGCAAAUGAUGCUGAGUCACAGCACUGUGUUUUUGGCUUACUUAACACCAACCAUACCUUAUGUGAUUACAUUUGACCAAUCAACAUUUAGUCAUUGAUAAAUACAGUUUAUGAGGUCGGGUUGAUUGUGGUGAUACAGCCCAACUGGUAGGCCAAGCUAGGACAAGUUAACAGGGCAGCAGCAGGCUAAGUUAGGUCUCUGAGCCAGCACAUUGCAAAGCAACUGUGUCCAAUUGUGUGCAAAGAGCCAGAAGGACCUACAGUUAGGUCCGUAUAAAUUGGAUAUAUUGAUGGUGUACAGAGGCCAAAAGCCAAAAAACUUAGACUUGUUCAAAUAUAUACGGACCUAACCAUUUCUUUGUAAGUACUUUUUUAUGAGCAUGUUAAUAAAAACACCUUAAAUUAGAAUGUUUCUAUAACUUUCAUAUUGCCAUAUGCUUUGCUUUGGGCCACUCACUUGGCCCACACUGUAUUUUCACAGUAUAUCAUGACCUGUUGUGAACUAUUGCUUAAGUAAGCAAGACAACGUGAAUGUUGCAACAGGAUGUCUUUUCCUUGUCGAUUGUAACUGUAGCCUAAGUUAGAUAAAUAUACACUAAAAUACCCUGUUUAGGAUAUAAUUUAUAAAGAUACACAGGUUUGGCCAUGUUUAAUGUUAGCUGACACUACUUAUUUUCAUAGAAUCAUCUUAAAAAUAGCAGAAAAUCUCACAAAAACAUUGAAAUAGUAAUAAACACAAUGAAUACUGAUCAAUAUCAUCUAUGGCUGAGGAACUCCAUAUUGUUCAGGCAGAUUAAUGGAGAAUGCAAAGCUCCUCGGUACUGGGCAUGGUGUCAAUCUCUUUCUAAAAGUCAGGGGAAUUAAAUUGGUGGUGUCAGUACUUUAAUAUGACCACUAGAUGAUGACAAAAGCAACAGACUCCACACAUUUCCACCAUACUGAUUCAGAGUCCAAGAGACAAGUGUGGCUCCUGAAGCAUACAUGAGAACUUGGCUGAGGUUACUGCUGAUCUAAAAGUCAUGGUCGAAACAAAACAAAAAAAAAAAACAAAACUGAAAUGAAUUGUAGGUUUACAUUAUUUUCUUAAAAGAUGAAAUGAAAUUAGACACACACACAAACCUCAUCAUGCUCAUGUCCAUCUUGUUUAACAUAUUCAUUGCAUAUAGCUGAAAUGACACUUUCCUGAUGUCAUUUUUUUGUCUGUUUUCAUGUCUUCUCUUUGCUUUUAAUUAAUACAGAAAUGAUAACAUUCAUGAUGGAUAUCGUGCAAGUCUCUUAAAACACUAUUACAUUCUUAGAUAGACAGUGUUUAAUAAGUUCACCGACAACAUGAAUCCUGGUUUCACUCAUGUGUGUAUUAAGCCUCACAGUCUAAUUAGGACUUAAGUUUUUGGAAUGUUUAAGAACUUAGACUGUUAUUUUUUCUCUCUGUUAUAACUCAUUUAUUUUUCAAUAUAUGCAUCUUCCUAUCUGCUUAUGCAUUUUGUAAAUUGUUGUAAUUGAAGGAUAAAAGAACAAACUUCCUGUGUCCUUCUUUAAGAAAAAAGGAGAAAUUUUAACUGUUGCAUUUGCAUAUUGAAGAACAGGAAGUGAAA